AAUACCAAUAAGGGUUUAAAGUGUUUAAGCUUUGCUUGUCAACUAACCUUAAUUGUGCUUCUAUCCUAUUAGAGCUCCGUCGUGCGUUGGCCUGGCUCUGUUUUAGUACCAAGUGGAGACAUCCGAAAGUGAGUGCCCGAAUUCUCUGGUGGACAUUUCGAUGAGAAAUGUCCCAAAAACUUCAAUAAUCCUUGAGGUGGGUACCCCCAUGUCAUCCGAUAGAUAGGUCCGGAACCGAUUCUGUAGCUCUGAUAUCUAUCUCCCCACGCCAUCAUGUAACUCCUGCUCCACCCUUCCCGUUGGAUUUUCUUUUACCACUACUUCGGUAACCAUCAUGAAUGCGAGGUCAACAACAAUCGUUGCGGUGAGCGCUGUGCUCGGAAUUCUGGCAGUUCUUGUUGUGUCUUUACGCUUUCAGGCGAGACAUAUGCAGCGACAAAAACUGGGUGUUGACGAUGCUCUACUCAUUGCUGCACUUGUUAGUUUAAUCCAGACAUCACGACGGAAACAAAUGACAUUACCUCGAAAAUUCGCUAAUCACUUGGGUAGGUUCUUACCAUUGGCGUGGUUGUGAUCGAUAUUAUUGCGGCGACCUGGGCGCGUGUGGGUGAACAUGAGAUCUUUAUUACAGAGGGUCCUGAAGCUGGUUUCCCUUUCCAGUGGGAGAUCGAUCGGCAAUCAAUUGUAAGGAAUCCAAUAUCUAGCCGCACUUUCUAUUCGAGAAUGGUCCCUGUAUAGAAAACAGAGUGCUAAUAUAAUAUCUUUUGUAAACUCCAGGUCCUCUUUACCAUUCAGAUUCUCCAUACCUGUGCCAUGCCAACCAUCAAAGCAUAUACCCUAGUUUUCUAUCUUCGCAUAUUCGUAUUUCGGAGAUUCAAAAUGCUGGUCUUUGCUGUGGGGUUAUAUGUCUUUCUCUGGUGGGUUGCAGUGAUUUUAAUCGCGCUCUUUCAAUGCCAGCCAGUUGGUGGCACUUACAGUUUGAUAUCGAAAUGUCUCAUGGGUCGGGUAAGGGAGAUCCUACAGCGAAUUAAAGGGGUGACUGACAUAGUCAACAGGAAUUUCUGAAAGCGCAACAAAUUGCCGGAGUCUUGAAUGUUAUAAGUGAUUUGGUUAUCAUUGUGAUGCCGAUACCCGUAGUCCUGAAACUGCAGAUGCCUAUGCAACAUAAGAUGACAGUUGUGGGAAUCUUUCUCACAGGAUCAAUGUGAGUUGGACCCUUGUAUUUACUCUACAAGACUUGAUUCCGAGACGAAUAAAUACUGACUGAUUCUCUUCCUUAGGGUCCUCGUUGCCGGUAUCGGACGAACAAUAUCGUACUAUCAAACUCCUCACGACUAUGAUUUCUCCUGUUAGUAAACACCCACUCCACAAGACUUCAUUGAAGUAAUAAGUUUUGUGUAUCUAUAAACUAACUUAUUCUUUAUCCAGACCACGAUUACUACUUCCUCAUCUGGACUUCCAUCGAACCAUGUAUGGCUAUCAUAGGUGCCUGUCUACCGUCAUGUCGUCCCAUCUUCAAGCACUACUCGCCGGAGUCGAUCGUCCGAAGCAUCCGAAUUGCCUUCUCGCUUCGCUCCACGAGCAGCAGAAAUGAAGUAUACGCAGAUACCGACAGAGAAGCCACGAGGAAUCGACCAGGAUCCUCAACUGAUGGUUUACAGCUAUCUGAACAUAUCAGCAGUAAGAAAUCUGUCCAUGAUGGGAGGAGCAGUAGUGUAUCAGAAGUUUGAGAGCAUCAAGUUGGUACUUGAGGUCGGUAACUUACGCUUAACGAAUUAUGCGAGAAGAGAAUAGCAUUGUGAUUAAGAA